GGUGCCGCCAUGAAGCGGGACGUGCGGAUCCUUCUGCUGGGGGAGGCCCAGGUGGGGAAGACAUCUCUGAUCAUGGCUCUGGUGGGCGAGGAGUUCCCUGAAGAGGUGCCCCCUCGCGCGGAGGAGAUCACGAUCCCGGCUGAUGUCACCCCUGAGAAGGUCCCCACACACAUAGUGGACUACUCAGAGUCGGAGCAGACGGAGGAUGAGCUGCAGGAGGAGAUCGCUAAGGCCAACGUGGUCUGCGUGGUGUACGAUGUCACCAAGGAGGCCACGAUUGAGAAGAUUCGCACAAAGUGGAUCCCCAUGGUGAACGGGGGAGUUGAAAAGGGCGCCAGGAUCCCCAUUAUUUUAGUGGGAAACAAGUCUGACCUGCAGGUGGGGAGCUCUAUGGAUGUCAUCCUGCCCAUCAUGAACCAGUUCUCAGAGAUCGAGACCUGCGUGGAGUGCUCUGCCAAGAACCUCAAGAACAUCUCUGAGCUCUUCUACUAUGCCCAGAAAGCUGUGCUGCACCCCACCGCCCCCCUCUACGACCCAGAGGAGAAGCAGCUGAAACCUGCGUGUGCACGAGCGCUGACCCGGAUUUUCAACCUCUCAGACCAGGAUAACAACCAGAUCCUUAGUGAUGAUGAACUCAACUACUUCCAGAAGUCCUGCUUUGGAAACCCCCUGGCUCCCCAGGCCCUGGAGGACGUGAAGAUGGUUGUGUGGAAGAACACCACAGACGGGGUGCAGGACAAUGGCCUGACGUUGAACGGCUUCCUCUUCCUCAACACGCUCUUCAUCCAGAGGGGCCGGCACGAGACCACCUGGACCAUCCUUCGCCGCUUCGGGUACGACGAUGAGCUGGUGCUGACGGAUGACUAUCUCUACCCACAGUUUCGCCUUCCCCCCGGCUGCUCCACGGAGCUCAACCACUUGGGCUACCAGUUCCUGCAGCGGCUGUUUGAGAAGCACGACAAGGACCAGGACGGAGCCCUCUCACCCACAGAGCUGCAGAACUUCUUCAGCGUCUUCCCCUGCGUGCCCUGGGGCCCCGAGCUCUACAACACGGUAUGCACCACUGAUAAAGGCCUGCUUUCCCUGCAUGGAUUCCUCUGCCAGUGGACGCUCGUGGCUUACCUGGAUGUGCGGCACUGCCUGGAGUGCCUGGGCUACCUGGGCUACCCCAUCCUCUCGGAGCAGGACUCCCAGACGCAAGCCCUUACGGUGACCCGGGAGAAGAGGAUCGACCUGGAGAAAGGCCAGACCCAGAGAAACGUCUUCCUCUGCAAGGUGCUGGGAGCCAGGGGCGCAGGCAAGUCCGCCUUCCUGCAGGCCUUCCUCGGCAGGAGCCUCGCGGCCCAGAGGGAGAAUCCAGGAGAGCCAUCCCUCUACGCGAUCAACACGGUGCAGGUCAACGGUCAGGAAAAGUACCUUAUACUGUACGAGGUCAGUGCCGACACGAAGUUCGUGAAGCCGUCGGACGCAGCCUGCGAUGUUGCCUGCUUCAUCUAUGACCUGAGCGACCCCAGAUCCUUCAGCUACUGUGCCAGUAUUUAUAAGCAACACUACAUGGACAGCCAGAUCCCCUGUGUCUUCGUGGCCUCCAAGACAGACCUGCCAGAAGCGAGUCAGCAGCCCGGGCUCUCUCCCGCCGAGUUCUGCUACAAGCACUGCCUCCCGCCACCCUUCCUCUUCUCCUGCCACGGCCAGGGUCCGCCCGGCACCACCGUCUACACCAAGCUGGCCACCGCCGCCACCUUCCCCCACUUGAACGCCGUGGAGCUGGGAGCUGCGUCCUUCUGGCUCCGGGUGGCUCUGGGGGCCGCGGUGACUGCUCUGGUAGGGUUCACGCUGUACCGCGUGCUAGCCAAGAACAAGUGAGAGUCGCUCUCCGCCCCGUCCUCCCCGUGACACCAGCCUCCCCAUCCCGAAUGACGCCCCGGUGAGGGGCCCUGCCUCAAGCUGGUCCCUGGUGGGAAAUCCUCCUUUCCCUUCAGCCUGGAUUGCAGGACCAGUAAAACCAGACUUCCCAGCACCAGCAGGAUAGAUCCCCCGGCACCGGCCAGCCUAACCCUGCCGGCCUCUUCAGCCUCCUCGCCCACGUGGCUCCUGCCCGGCCGUGGCAGCAGGGGCCAGGCGGCUCUGCCUGGGGGCUCCCCCUCACCGGCAGCUGGAGGAUCACCCUCAUCUUUUAUUCUGUUAAAUUUUUUUUAACGUUUGUUUUUAAGCUCAAA